CGAGAUGUAAACGGAAACAUACAUGUUUACAAUUUACUUUUAUUCUCGGGCUGCUUUGCCCCUUCAAUGAAACGCCACGUUACGCGAUUUUAUUAGUCGGUACCCUAACCCUAACCCUAUCCCUAAUUCUAAAAUAAAACAAAAUUAGACAAAAAUAAUAAACAAUAAAAUAAAUAAAGGAAACCAGAGGAUGUAGCUCGGGAGCAUAUUCUGGAAUGUACCGAUGAGUAUGGCUUUGAAGAGAAAUUUAUAAGCUCGUACAAAGGUCGGGGUGUGUUUGCAACAGUCACCCGGGAGAAAGGAGAGUUCCUGUUGCACUACAGAGGGAAUCUCAUUUCAGAACAAGAAGGAUGUGAAUUAGAAAGGAACUACCCAGCAAGUUGUGGCAGUUACCUCUACUUUUUCCAAUAUCAGGUAAAAUGCUAUUGGUAAGAAUAAUGACACUAACAUUAUAUUGAUACAAAUUCAGUCUGAUACUUGUUUACAUAAAUAGUGACAGUCACAGUGUGUAGUCAAACAUAUUCAUACAUAUUUUGGCUGACAUUGGUUUACCUAUUGAAGUUAUCAAGCAUUUUAUCAAUGGAAAGCCCACACUGUAAACUGUUCUAUGCUCUGAUGCAAUAGUAAGCCAUGUAAUAGUUCAAAUUUUGUAAUAGAUCUAUUAAUAUGUAUAAGGUGUAUGUACUAUAUGUGCAGAAUGGCUUUAUUCAUGAUGUGAAACUAUAUCUUAAUGAUUAAAGAAAAUUAAGCUUAAGUUUUUCUUCUGGAGUCUGCUUGAAAUGAAAAUCAAAUGUUCAACCUAAUCAACACUUUAUAAUGAUCAUAAUGCUAUGAAACAUUUCAGUGUGGAUGCCACUCACUCAAUUGGAUUAGGACGUAUGGUGAAUGAUGAUGUGAAGUCUCCCAAUGCAACAAUGCGGUUAAUACCUGUGAAUGGAGUUCCACAUUUGUGUCUUUUCGUUAAAAAUGUAGCAAGUAUUCCUCCAGGAACAGAAAUAACAUUCAACUAUGGUGAAGGGGACCAGGGAAUGUACUGGAGAAAGAAUGAGUCAAAUCCUCAUCCAUUCGACAUAGGCGAAGUCGUCAAGGACACUGUGACAGACGAAGAAAAGGAUGCAGAUCCUCAACAGAAUGAUCCUUCUGGUAGCUCAUACGAGUCGACUGAACUGGAGUCUGUCUGCUUUCCACUCGAGGUUUCGCUUUCAUUUGAGAUCCGAGAUUCUAAUCGCCGACAUCUGAGAGCACUCAAUAUGUGUCACUUGAUGGCGUUGGAAUUGACGAUCUAG